AUGAUAGACGCCCCACUAUCUCUGGUUUGGUCUUUGGUUCGGGAAUUCGACAACCCACAAGCAGUUCAUCAAGACCUGCAACAUGAUUGCUGGACGAGGCGGCGCCGGAAGUGUACGGGAGAUCACGGUUGUCUCCGGCCUCCUGCCGGAAACAGCGUGGAGCUGGAUUUUCUUGAUGAUGCUUCGCAUGUUAUGGUGUUUACUAUAAUUGGAGGGGAUCAUAAGCUUGUGAAUUAUCAGUCUACCACUACUUUGCAUGAGGAUGAUACAGAAGAGAAAAGUGGCGGUGCUGGGGACAAGACAGUGGUGAUUGAGUCGUACGUUGCGGAUAUUUCUGUUGAUAGUUGUAAAGAAGAUACUUGUCUGUUUGCUGAUACAAUAAUAGGGUGUGCUUUUGCUUUUCCCUUUCCUUCCCCGGUAAGGUGA